CGUGGAUAUUAUUAUUAUUGAUAAAGCUUGAGGAAUGAUUCGAAAAAAUGAUAAUGAGAUUAAUUUGGUAUCGAAAGCAUUUCAGAUUGUAGAAUCGACCCGGUUUCCAUGAAUAUAGCUUUUUAUAAGCAGCACAUACUAAAGGAACAAGCAUGACCGAAGAAAACAGCAUAAAGAUUGAGUUCGCCGUACAAAUUUCGGGUAAAAAGUGUGCUGAGCAAGUGCGAUCAGCGCUUCAAGAUAUUGGGUCGGUUGAUAUUGAUGUGGAAAAAGGAAGCGUUCUAGCUGCCACUGCAUUGCCAUGGACAGAAGUUCAGCGUAAAAUCGAAGCAACGGGAAGACGAGCUGUGCUGUCCGGCUUCGGAGGACAAUCGGCUGUUUCGAUUGUGAAUCAUGGUAACGAAACCAGCAGUGUAACAGGCGUCGUACGGUUCUGUGCGCUAACAACCGACCAGAAAGGCGCAGUUAUAGACGGCUUCAUCGAUGGAUUGGAAGCGAACACGUUCUAUAAUUUGAAUAUACAUGAAUGUGGUGAUAUAUCAUGUGGAUGUACCUCAGUAGGAGCAGUGUAUGAUUCCAAUAAAAUCUCCUCCGAUGAGAAUGGGCGAGCGACAAUACACUUCACCAAUAAUCAGUUGAAAGUAUCGGAUAUUAUUGGCAGAUCUGUUGUAAUAGUUGAACUACAAAGUGAUACAAGAUUGGCUUGUGGGAUAAUUGCACGAUCAGCUGGUAUUUUUGAGAAUUAUAAGAAAAUUUGUGCCUGCGAUGGUGUUACUAUUUGGGACGAACGUAAUAAACCAUUGGCAGGGGCCAAACGCAGAGAAAAAGAAUCUGUGUAGGGAAAAACGGAACAUCGCUCAUCGAAGAUUCAACUGUUUAUUUUCUGUAAAUUUAAUGACCAAUAAAUAAA